UGUUGUUUCUAUUUCUUUUAAUUUUGUUGUCUUCAUUUUGUGGGAACUGUUUGAAUUUUUGAGCAUUUGAUUCCAAGAUUCAUAGGAUUUUGUACUUUUUUUAAAAAAAAUUAUAGGUAAAUUGGGAGGGGGUUUCACAGAAAUUUGCAUACGCAUGCAAAUUGAAAUUUGCAUUUAGGUUUUCUUCACUGUGUUGAUUUCCAAAGGAAUUUCUUGUUUAGUUCAUUUGUACGCAAUCAGAACGUGAAAGGAACCGAACUAUCUUUUGCUGCAUUGGGGCAUAAAAUUGUUGUUCUAUUGGUUUUUUUUAUAUCAUAAACUUGAAUUGAAUGGAGCAGUUGAAAUUGGCUGCAGAUUCUGAAGCCAAAGAGGAUAAGUCUUUGGGGCACAAGCCAAAAAAUAACAAUGCGCUUGAGUCUUCUGACAGUCUGAGAAAUAAAAAGAUAUCAGCUCGAUGGGAUCCGGUUGAAGCAAGUCGGCCUAUAAUUGAAGAAGCACCUGUUUUUUAUCCGACUAUUGAAGAAUUUGAUGACACACUCAGUUACAUAGCAAAGAUACGACCCCUAGCUGAACCCCAUGGCAUCUGUAGGAUUGUUCCCCCUGCUUGCUGGGCUCCACCCUGUCCUCUUAAGGAGAAAGAUCUAUGGGAAAAUACUGAGUUUCCCACCCGUAUUCAACAAAUUGAUUUGCUUCAAAAUAGGGAACCUAUGAGGAAAAAAAGUAGUGGAAGGAAGCGAAAACGUAGAAAGCACUCCAAAACAGGCACAUGUAGGAGGAAGCCUGCCAAUGCAGCUUCUGAAGCUAAGAAUGCUUCUGAGUCUGAAGAGAAAUUUGGAUUCCAAUCAGGGUCAGACUUCACACUUAAAGACUUUCAGCUAUAUGCUGAUUUUUUUAAGGAAUGCUACUUUGGGUUGAGAGAUACUAAUGGAGACAGAAUAGUGAGUGACAAUAACCAUCAAAAGAUAUGGGAGCCCUCUGAGGAGGAAAUUGAAGGUGAAUACUGGCGAAUAAUUGAGCAACCAACUGAUGAGGUUGAGGUGUAUUAUGGAGCUGACUUGGAAACUGGAGCACUUGGAAGUGGUUUUCCUAAGGCUUCAUCCUUAACUAAGAGUGAAUCAGAUCAAUAUGCCCAGUCUGGCUGGAAUCUGAACAAUUUUGCCCGACUGCCAGGUUCUGUACUAAGUUAUGAAGGAAGUGACAUAUCAGGAGUUCUAGUGCCAUGGCUGUAUGUUGGCAUGUGUUUUUCAUCAUUUUGCUGGCAUGUUGAGGACCAUCACCUCUAUUCACUAAACUAUUUGCACUGGGGGGACCCAAAAGUAUGGUAUGGAGUACCUGGAAGCCAUGCUGCAGCCUUGGAAAAAGUAAUGAGGAAGCACUUGCCUGACUUAUUUGAGGAACAACCAAAUCUACUCAAUGAUCUGGUUACCCAGUUUUCUCCUUCAAUUCUUAAAUCUGAGGGAGUGCCUGUGUAUCGCACAGUUCAGCAUUCUGGGGAAUUCGUUAUUACCUUUCCAAGGGCAUAUCAUGCUGGCUUCAAUUGUGGCUUCAACUGUGCAGAGGCAGUGAAUGUGGCUCCUAUUGAUUGGUUAAUGCAUGGACAAAGUGCUGUCGAGCUUUACAGGUUACAAUGCCGCAAGACAUCCCUGUCACAUGACAAGCUGUUGUUUGGGUCAGCACUGGAAUCUGUACGAGCCCUUGCAGAGCUAGCUCUUGGAAAGGAAACUCCAAAAAAUUUGAAAUGGGGAAGUGUCUGUGGGAAAGAUGGAGAUCUUACCAAGGCAGUUAGGGCAAGGAUAAAGAUGGAAGAAGAAAGGCUGGACUGUCUUCCAACUCAUCUUAAGUUGCUGAAGAUGAACAGUAACUUUGAUUUGUACAAGGAAAGAGAAUGCUUCUCUUGCUUCUAUGACUUGCACCUAUCUGCUGUGGGUUGUGAGUGCUCCCCUGACAGAUAUUCAUGUCUUAAGCAUGCUAAUUUGUUCUGCUCGUGCGAAAUGGAGAAAAGAUUUGUUCUGCUUCGAUAUACUAUAAGUGAACUGAAUAAAUUGCUAGAAGCAUUAGAAGGAGAUUCACAUGCUAUUGAGGUGUGGGCAAAUAAAAACUUCGGAAUGGUUUCUGCCAAUGCCAAUGAGGUUUGCAUAGAUAAACCAGAUCUUGAGAAAGACAUGUACAGAACCAAGAAUUGUGAAGAAAUGGAAAGCUCAACUGGCUGUGUCAGAACCAAGGAUAGGUCAAAUUUAAACGCACCUAGCAGUCCUAAUAGUCAUAUUACUACAGAGAUAGUGCAGUUUGAGUCUCACCCUGUAACAUGUGCAGCAUAUGACAGUAUAGAUAGUCGGCAUGACAAUAAUAAUGAUAAAAAUUUGAUCACAGACAGCAAAGAUAAAGUGGAUCAGGCUGGUUCUCUGGAUUUGAAUCUAGAUGUUAUCUCUGGUGAAAAUGAAAAUCAUUUGCUGCAUAUUGCUGAUAACCAUCAUAAUAAAGGUGUUUCAGUAGAGGAAAAAGUAUGCUGUUCAGAAGCCAAAAAGGAAGAAGACAUCAUGGAACUUUGUGGUGAGGGUAACUUAUCAAACUUGUUUUCUGUUCUAAAGACAGAUUUUUCAUCUUGUUCAAGGGGUGUUCGCAAUUAUUGUACAUUUGAUGGUGGAAAAAUUGAGAAGGAUCUGCAAGUGGAUUCAGAUUCAGGAAAGCAGCACAGCAAUCUAUUUGAAAGGGAAGUCAUAGUCACCACACAUACUAGUACAUCUUUGAUGGACGAAAGCUGCUUAGUGCAAAUGUUUGGUACUUCUGUCAAGCUUGUAAGUUUGGGAUCUGUUGUUUAUGGAAAGCUCUGGUGUAGUAAGCACACACUAUAUCCAAAAGGAUUCAAGACUCAAGUUAAUUUCUUUAGCAUUGUUGAUCCAAAAAGAAUCUGUAGCUAUAUCUCUGAAGUCAUUGAUGCUGGAUUUCUUGGACCUCUUUUCAAGGUUACCAUGGAAGAAUGUCCAAGUGAGGCUUUCACAGAUACCUCAGCAGAUAAUUGCUGGGAAUCAGUUCUGAAGAGAUUACAUCAUGAAAUCAUGAGGCAAAAGAGUCUAGGUGAACUAGAACUUCCUCCGUUUGAGCUCCUGAAAAGCAUUAACGGUCAUAGAAUGUUUGGCUUCAAAUUGCCAUCUAUUAUUCAGGCCAUUGAAGCUCAAGAUCCUAGUCAUCUGUGUGUAGAGUACUGGAAUCACAAAGUUGCCCCUUCCGGCAGUGUUGUUGAUAACUUCCCAUUUGGUUCCAGUAGCUCUUUAGGUAAUAUCAAUACCAAAAUUUUUGGUAUCGAUUUGAUUAAGCAGGAAAAGGAUAACAUCCUUGAAGAGAUGAAAUCAAUACUGCAAGGGGCAAGUCCCGAUGAGUUAAGGACAAUGCAUAAGUUAAUAAUCUCUGAUGCACAGUGCUGUGAGUGGAGAGUGGCAUUGAUAGCACUGAUGGAUGGGAUCCGAAAUGCUUGUCAAUAAAACGCGAAGAUCUCAAUUCUUUGACUCUGGAUAGUUAUAUUUCAUUUAGUCAUUAGUUAGAUCCAUUCUUUCAAAGAUAAAUCAAACCGAAGAGUUUGCUGGGUGAAGCAGGGAUAAAUUUUUGCUACUUGCCCAUAAUCAGUGACCUACAUACAGAUGGAUAAAGCCAUUGACCCAUUUUCAAACAUUCCUAUACAUUUGCCUUAUUAAGGUGUAGCCUUUAGCUUUAGUUGGAUUUAGGUUUUACAUUUAUUUCCUUUUCUCUAAAUUUCUGUAUAUACUUAGAAAAAUGUUGCUGUUACAAUAAAUGAUCAAAGGUAGGGAAAAUACAUGGGGACAUCUGAAUGAUCUGAUAUUCCAAUGCAAUUGCUUCGAUGUGCUCAGAAUUUUGAAUAUAUGAUCUUAGUCUCAAGCAAAAUGCAAUGUGUAAAUUCCUUCAUCUUACAACCCGAAGGGGUUGGUUAACUUAGAAUCUUGAAUUUGAGAAAUUGCAGGUUCAAGAUUUCUUUCA